CAAUCCCUUUCUCUGUGCCCCUCAGUAUCCCACAAUCCCUUUCUCCGUGCCCCUCAGUAUCCCACAACCCUGCGCUUUACCACCGAGACUGAAGCAGCAUGGCGCAAGGCAAACGCAAGUUUAAAGCCCAGAAACCCGAAACGAAGAAACCAAAUCAGCAGCAUGCGAAGAACAAGGGGCCGAAGAAAGGAGGCAGAGUAAUAGCUCCUAAAAAGGCCCAUGUCGUUCAGCAGCAGAAACUGAAAAAGAAUCUGGAGGUGGCGAUCCGUAAUAAAAUCGAGCACGAGGUGACGAUGAAGGCGAGCAGCAACCUGCACAAGAAGCUGAGCAUCGUGAAGGCGUCGGACGUGCAGAGCGCUCCCAGCAGAGGAAACAAGUAGCGCCUCCUGGAGGAGGGAGGGCAGGCGGGCAGGGGGUUCAGUAGUAGUAUGAGGGGGGGUGUUUUUCUUUUUUUUUUUUUUUUUGUCCAUACCUUUAUUUUAAUAUCAAAUAUUCUGGAUUUGUUUGUUUACGAAAAAAUACAUGUAAAGGUUUUUUGUUUGUUUUUUAAUAUUAAAUUGAUUCAAAUUUGA